AUGAGCUCCAAUAAUCAUCCGUCCUCCAGUGCUGCCGCCGGAGCUCGCGGAUCCGGCGAUGCUUCCACUACCGCCGCCCGGAAUUCCAAGCGUCCUAAGUAUUCAAGGUUUACACAGCAAGAGCUUCCAGCUUGCAAACCAAUUCUUACACCAAAAUGGGUUAUCUCAGCAUUUAUGCUUGUAACGAUAGUAUUUGUUCCCAUUGGAGUAGCUUCCUUGUUUGCCUCCCAUGAUGUUGUUGAAAUUAUUGAUCGGUAUGAAACUGAGUGCAUUCCAAAAGAAUCUAGAAAUAAUAAAGUUGCUUAUAUACAAACGCCCGGUGACAAAUCCUGCAUUAGAACUCUUAAGGUGACAAAGAAUAUGAAGGCGCCUAUUUAUGUGUAUUACCAGUUGGACAACUUUUACCAGAACCAUCGCAGGUAUGUAAAGAGCCGAAGUGACAAGCAGUUGAGAGACCAUGAUAGCAUGAAUGAUACGAAUUUGUGUAAACCAGAAGACAAGGCGAAUAAUAGGUCGAUUGUACCUUGUGGCCUUAUAGCUUGGAGUCUCUUUAAUGACACCUAUAGUUUCUCCCGCAACAGUCAGAAUUUGACUGUCAACAAGAAGGGUAUUGCCUGGAAGAGUGAUGUAGAUCAUAAAUUUGGAAAGGAUGUCUUCCCUUCGAACUUUCAGAGCGGGACACUUAUCGGGGGUGGAAAACUUAAUGCGUCUGUUCCAUUGAACAAGCAGGAAGACCUGAUAGUUUGGAUGCGAACUGCUGCUCUUCCCACCUUCAGAAAAUUAUAUGGCAAGAUAGAGGUGGAUCUUCAAGCAGGCGAUCAUAUUAGCGUAGUUGUCCAGAACAAUUACAACACCUAUAGUUUCAAUGGAAAGAAGAAGCUUGUGCUUUCUACAACUAGCUGGCUAGGUGGAAAGAAUGAUUUUCUUGGCAUUGCCUAUCUUUCUGUUGGAGGGAUCUGCUUCUUUUUGGCUGUUGUUUUCACUAUUAUAUAUCUUGUCAAGCCAAGGCAGCUUGGUGAUCCAUCUUACCUAUCCUGGAACCGGAACCCAGGUGGGCAUUAA